AGAAUACCCGGUUACAUGGAACACCUGUACUCGUUACAACACGCAUCGGCGUCUCUCCACGGGCUAGGUUUGACAUCGGAGUACAUAAAUGCCCGCAACGCAAUUGCUGAUUUGCAUCCAGCCAACUCACUGGCUAGUGCGGAUUUUCACUUCAGCAUUGACGCCGCUAGCCGAUUGAAUAGUCCUCGUCCGGGCAGCAUUCGAGCCAGUGUGAGUCGGAAGCGUGCUCUUUCGUCAUCGCCAUAUUCGGAUUCGUUCGACAUCAGCUCUAUGAUACGGUACUCGCCAAACUCUCUAGCCUCUCUGGUGAACGCAUCGCGUAGUAGCAGUACUAGCGGCUCGUACGGCCAUCUAUCGGCAAGUGCCUUAGGUCCUGCUUUGGGUAUGCAUACUGCAAUGCCGCCGCAUUUGCAGCAUCUACUUCGUAGUAGUGGAUUUCUUCAUUCACUCCCGGGUCAUCACACACCGACCGCCAGUAUGUUUUCAUUAUCUCACCACCCACUGCAUGCAGGACAUUCACUGAACAAACCACAGCAAAUAGCCGAUCUCUCCAGUAAGAAACAAGAGCAACCUUCUUCCAGCUCGCAAGUGACUCGCGUCGAAGCCGACAGUGCCAGUAAUGCACAGCAGAAAAAGUUACGCAUCAAACGAGAGUGUCCUCCCCAGAACGGACAACCGCACAAAACAAGUUCCCGGGAUGAAUGCUCGACAAUGAUUACCUCGAACCAUCUGCCAAGUCCUACAUCAACGCAAGGACCUACGAAUGGAGCCAUUUCUGCGUCAUCGACUACUCAAAAAGGGGGGCUGAAUCUCAGUCCGAUGCAUCGAGCAUUAAGCAACGGAGGGCUAACUGUUGAGCACAGCGGUGCUGUGGUAGGCAGCCCCAUGGACAUCAGUUGCAACGGUAACGCAAAUGGAGGCGGUAUUGGUAGCGCGUUUGGUGACGACGGUGGUGGCCGCGAUGGGGGUACUCGUGCGGAUACUACAGACCCAAAGGAUGAGCCGGGUGAUUUUAUCGAAACCAAUUGCCAUUGGCGUGAGUGCUCACUGGAAUUCAACACGCAGGAUGAACUGGUGAAGCACAUUAACAACGAUCAUAUCCAUGCGAACAAAAAGUCCUUCGUAUGCCGCUGGGAAGACUGCUCGCGUGAUGAGAAGCCAUUCAAAGCCCAGUACAUGUUGGUGGUUCAUAUGCGCCGGCAUACGGGAGAAAAACCUCAUAAGUGUACGUUUGAAGGAUGUUGCAAAGCGUAUUCAAGACUGGAAAAUCUUAAGACUCACCUUCGCUCACAUACGGGCGAAAAGCCAUAUACCUGCGAGUAUCCCGGAUGUAGUAAAGCAUUCAGUAACGCAUCCGAUCGUGCUAAGCAUCAAAACCGAACGCACAGUAAUGAGAAACCGUACGUUUGCAAAGCACCAGGCUGCACGAAACGAUAUACCGAUCCCAGCUCCUUGCGGAAGCAUGUGAAAACCGUUCACGGAGCUGAAUUUUAUGCCAACAAAAAGCACAAGGGUAACAACUAUGGCGGUGGAGGAAGCAGUGGCGGCGAUGGGCCUGGAGAAGACGGCGACGGCUCAAACCAUAUGUUUGAUAGCAGCCCACACAGUGAAGACAAGACAACAAGCAUGAGCAGCCCUAGUAUAAAGUCAGAAUCGGAUGUUAAUUCGCCUAGCCAUCCGCCAAUCAACAGUCCGAUGUCAAUAUCGGCGCUUACAGCCGGGCUUGGUGAGGAUUAUCAUGACAGUGGAAACAUGCAGUUGGACGGUAUCGCCGGAUUGGACGAUCCGGCGUGGCCAUACGUCGAUGAAGAUCUUGAGGUGGCCGAUCUACCAUACGUACUACGUGAGAUGGUCGAUCUUGGAGGUCCUACAGGAGCAGCGGCCAUAUCAGCCCGUAGCAAUCCACGGAAUCGGUUUAAGAAUCGCAUCAACAACAAAGGUUCGUUACUGAGCAGCAGCCCUCUCUCAAACAUUCCGGAAAUUAACAAUCAAACCAUGCGGAACUUUGGACUGGGUGAACUAAACAAAAAAAUAACCGAUCUCAAAAUGGAACCAGGAGUAACACCUCCACCGCAGCCAAUGGGGCAGCCCAUGCCCGCGAUUAGCAAGAGUGGACAGACUGAUUUAAUGCGCCCGACGCUUCCUCCGUCAUCCACAACCACGACGAUGAUGAUGAUGAAUGCGUACCUCAAUCCAGCCGCAGCACAGAACCGGCGAGAUAGCAACAACAGUACAACAAGUAGCUCGUAUUACAGCAUGCGUUCGGCGGACAUAAGCCGGCGUAGCAGUCAGGCAUCACAGCAAAGCUCAAUCUCGACCAUGCGGCCAAGCUAUUAUAAUUCAUCGUCACUAUACGAUCCGAUCUCACCGGGCAGCUCGCGGCGAUCGAGCUCAAUGUCGACGGCUACGACCGGAGGUCAAAGUUUACCACCGCCACCUUCAUCUCACCUCAUUUCAACGCAUCUGCAGCGGUUCGGUGGCAAUGGUCAGAUGAUGGGUUCGAUGAACAAUUCCGGCGGGCAACUGAAUGGGAAUGGAAAUGGUGCACGGCAUUCCAUUCCAAACAACAUGACAAACACCGGCAUGGGAUUAUACGGUCAGUAUCAAAACGCUCUUGCUGGACAGAUGGACCGACGUAUGUCAGAGCCAGUGGCUAGUGGAUCGGGUGGAGGACGCACGAACUUUCAAUAUCUGAAUCGUCGUUCGACUGCAGUUAGCAACGCCACAGUAACACGGAAUGCUCAAAAUGCAACGACCUGCACGGAUGCUCCUGGCGCAACAGUUACAGGCACAACCGCAAGCAACAAAAUGCCACCUUCAACCAACACCAGUAAGCUGCAUCCCAACCAGGAAGUUGUGCUAGAUGAAGUCGAAGAAGGCGAAAUGGUAGAAAAUAAGCUUGUCAUACCAGAUGAUAUGUUGCAGUAUCUUAACCAGGUUGCCGAUAUGGGUGGUGAUGCCGGAGGCAGUAAACUGUCAAAUCAAGUAACUGCAACGACAGCUGCGACUAACAAUGUUUCCGGAGCAAAUCCCGGAAACAAUUCCUGGAACAUUCCUCAGAAUGAGAACGAAAGAGGAACAACGGUUGGUAAUCUGCCAAUGGGACUACCAGAAAAUCCGACUGCUAAUUUUACUCAGCCGCGAACGAAUACAGUCAGUAUGAUCAUGAGCCCCCAAUCCCAGUACAGUAACGACGAAUGCAGUCUUCAAAGCAAUGUCAUGUCCCCGCAAACUCCGCAACACCAGAUAAUGUCGCCAAUGAUGCCAGACAACGCAAUUACUCCACUGACACCCGCUAUCAGCAAUUUCACGCAAUCACCCUCUACGGUUGUGGCGAGCCAGGUUCAACCUCAGUCUGGUCAGUCUCAGUCUGUGCAGACACCUGUUCAGUGUCAAAUGCUGGCCAACGAUAGUGGAACGCAGAAUUUCACUAAUGGAAACAACAAUUAUGCUUUGCUCAGUAAUACUAACUGUUACGCUCAGCAGCAACGGUCACUGCACCAAUCCCAGCAGCAGCUUAAUCAACAUCAACACCACCACCAGGUGCAACAUCAGCAACGUCAGCAUUCGCAUCAGCUAUCGCAACAUCAGCAGCAACUACAACAGCAACAGAUACAGCAAGGUCAGCAACACCAACAACCACAACAGCAGCAAGAUCAACCCUACGAAUCACGGAGUCGUCCAAUUGCUUGUUCGAACAUAAUCGGCUACUAUCACCGAACUGACCAAAGUGCCAAUCAUUGCUGCUUGGCUAUGAUGAUGCAGGGAUCGCUUCAUAUCAAUCAACCCCCAUCCGGUACAGUGAAUCAUCAGAACGCAAAUGAUCAGCUGCAUCAGUUGUCUCCAAAUAAUCAGUACAAAAACCCGUUUAGCCUGAGUCUGACUAGUUUCAAUACUGGCAACAACUCCCAUCGGGAGAAUAUGGCUGUAGAUAGUAAUCCGUGUACUAACACCGAGAUACAAUGUGGUGACAUCAGCCAGUCGCAGAUGUCACCAGCAAUAGCAGCUAUGGCUCCUAAUGGAAAUGCCCCUUCGAUGGCAGCUAAUGAAAGGCAGCAGGAAGUAGAUUUACCAAUACUAGCGCCAACACGCCAGCAGCCGAUGGAAAGCAGUUUACAAACGCCUCCGUUGCCAUCCACACCUACUGGUUUUGGUGACGCUGCGACCGGUGCUGCUCCAUUGCCAAUGUCUCUUACCGCGGAUAACGGAAUGACCAUGGGGCAGGUAAAUAAUAACACUGCCAUGGGUUCUGACACAUACCAGAGAACGCUGGAGUACGUUCAAAACUGUCAGAACUGGAGCGAAUCGGCAGCUGAUAUGGUCAGUAGUAGCACACAUCCCUCGUCUAAUCUCGUCAUCAACGACAUGAGCACGUCGUUGAGCUCGUACUUUGAGGAGGAUCGUUAUCUGCAAAUGAUACAGUAGACAGUACAGUUGCCAUUUACAAUGUGAAGAUUUCUUUUUGAUUAGGUAUAUGUAUGCGUCAAAGUUUAACAUAGGAUAGCUCGGGGGCGAGUUGACUGAAUCAGUUUCCUAUAUUAGAUUAGUAAUAUCCUCAGUUGACUGUGGCUAUUUCCCGCUAAUAUCGUCUUGGCUAUACUGUUUGUUCGCGCUUUCCUGCAUUUCUUUUGUAAAGAUGCAGAGAUAAGAAUGUCUGCAAAAUAAACUUUGUUGGAUACGUGUUUUUUAUUGUUUUGUAUUAUCUCUACGAUUGUAUAUAGAUUUACAAGCUCGUACCAUAGUGUAUUGCUUGGUAUUACAUGGAACGAAGCUACGAUGACUAAAUAUACAAACAGUCU